AUGGCUGCUUCCCAGAGAGGGAGGAAGAAGGCCCAGCCUCGGAGGAAACAAAAGCACUAUGGGAGGAAGUCCCAGGCCAAGCAGAGGAAGUCCCGGGACAAGCGAAGGAGGCAAGCCAGGCGGAAGCCAGCGGGGAAGCGUGGAAAGAGCCCCCAGGGGAAGAAGCCCUCUCCCGCCCCAUACGACGCCAAGAUGCUGAGGCAGCUGCAACGGGACAACAAGCUCCUAUCACCCAAGGCCAAAGGGCUGAUGUUCUCCUUCGUGAACGACAUCUACAAAAAGGUGUCCAGCGAGGCCGAACGCCUGAGGAAGCAGAGCCGCCGCCCCACGAUUGGCCCUUCGCAGAUGCAAGCCGCCCUGCAGCAGGUGAUGCCAAGGAAACGGGUCAGGCGCUCGGCCACCCCGGUCUCGAAGAGGUUUCACUAG